AUUUGCAUGUCUUUAUAAAUGCGUAUGAGGUGCAGGGUAGGUGCAUAACGAGACUGUGUGAACAGAGACCGUCCAGUGCUCUCAAGUUCUGUCAUCAUGGGUUGGCACGUACGCUUGCUUCUUUUUGUGCUUGUGGUGUUUGCUGCCGAAGCCACCACCACAAUGCACAUAAGGGACUUCAUCAAAGCUGUGGAGAGUAUUGAAGCUGCGAAUCCAGGACUUCAGAUGCUCGAUGUGGUGAAAGGUCUACGUAAAGUUGCUGGCAUUGAAACCGACCUCACCAAGCGUUAUCUCGGUGAACUCAGUGAUGCCCACAACCUUGCGGCAGAUCCAUCAGUCAUUUCCUACGUAAGCAAGGUCAUUAAACACAGACUUUCUCAGGUGGGUAAGGAAGAGGGUGUGGUUCUGACCAUAGAUGGUUCAAAUGUGGCGUUGGCCCCAAUGCUCCUCGGUCUUCAGGCUGGGCUGCAGUCCAACUUCCAAGGCCUUUACCCUUUAACUCUGACCGAAAACCUGGUUGCCUCACUUCUACAUCAUAUCAAGAAUGAGCAAUCCAGCAUUCCUUUUGGCACCAGAGGUUUCUGGGAUAACAUUUCAUCACCUAAGAUCUACACUCACGAAGAUUUGCCCUCAUUGGCCACAGACGCCAUAAUAACUGGUGGUAUGGACGGGUUCAUUCUCGGGUCGGAGGCUGCCUCAUCUAACGUUCGUGAGCAAUCACUGAGUGACUUGUUGAAGAGUUACUACAGCCACCAGCCUGACGCCACAGGGUUGAACGCAUCGCCCCGUCUGAUCAGUCAAAACAGAAGGAAGAACUUCAAACAGCUCGUCAGCUUCUCUUUGAUGAAAAGCCAACUGGUCCAGGCUCUAACAGUUCGCCGCAAUUUAAAUGAGUCUGAGAGGAAGAGGCUGGAUGAUGUUGUGAACGAAGGGUUUGACAAAUUUGUCCAUGUCUAUGCAACUUGUCCCAGCAUCAAAACGAGGUCUCAGUGGGGCGCUGCAGCUUUUAUUGGUUCGCCCUCCUAUCUGUCUCUUCCUGUACCAUACCUUUUCAUCCACCACACAUAUUCACCCUCCAGGCCUUGCACCACUUUUGAUCAAUGUGCCAGUGACAUGAGAUCCAUGCAGAAGUACCACCAGCAAACCAAUGGAUGGUCUGACAUUGGAUACAGUUUUGUUGCAGGUUCUGACGGAAACAUGUAUGAAGGUCGCGGCUGGAAUUGGGUUGGUGCCCACACUUCUGGGUACAACUCCAAAGGCUAUGGCGUAUGUUUCGUUGGAGAUUAUACCUCCACCCUCCCCAUCACAAGUGCAAUGAACAUGGUGCGGUACGACUUCACAAGCUGCGCUAUAGGCAGAGGUGGCCUGUCCUCAGCUUACAACUUAUACGGACACAGGCAAGGCAGUUCCACAGAGUGCCCAGGAAACACCCUCUACCGUGAAAUCCAGAACUGGGAGAAUUGGGAGAGUUAUUUGCCUUGAUGACUGGGGCAUCAACAAUGGACAACUAAUUGUGUCUCUGGAAAACAGUACAUGUAUUACAUGUAUCAAUCAUAAUAAAUGCAUAAUAAAUUCUCUUUUAAAAUCA